CACAGCGUUGGUGUCAGAAACAUCUUCAACUUCGGCAUGAUGUGUUCCAUUGUAUAAUUUCCUUUUAUUGAUAUCUUAUGGUAAAUUUCAUUAAGUGAUUCUACCAUUGAAUUAGUAAAAUAUUUAUGACACUUAUCUGUAAGUAACAUCGCAUGUUCUUAAAAGUUCAAUCCUCUCUAAUACUGGAAAACUUUGAGAUAUUUUUUAUACAGCAAUGCGCCACCUAGCGAUUGGGACAACAAAUUCCUCGAUUCUGCAGGGUCUUUGUAAUCUGAAAUCUCCCUGCUGAAGUAUGGGGAAAGGGGGCCAAAAAGUCAGCCAAAGGGGCCAGCCCCUAACAUGGGAAGAAGUAAGGAGCCAUGACAAGAGGGAAAGUAAAUGGAUAGUUGUAGAUAACCAGGCCUAUGAUAUCACAACAUGGGCAAGGAGGCAUCCAGGAGGAAGCAAAGUUAUCAGCCAUUAUGCUGGCCAAGAUGCAUCUGAAGCAUUCCGUGCAUUCCAUCCAGACUUAAACCAUGUGAAAAAGUUUCUCAAGCCCAUUGAACUGGGUCCAGUCAUAGAUGAAAAUCACACAGAGAAGGAGAAAGACUUAAUCAAGGAUAUGGAUGAAUUAAACAAAACUGCAGAAAAAAUGGGCCUGUUCAAACCCAGUGUUACAUUUUUCACGCUGCAUUUGGCCCAUAUCCUGGCACUUGAGGCUGCAGCAUUCCUUGUGAUGUACUAUUUCGGCACAGGAUGGAUCCCAUUUAUAACUUCCUGUAUUUUGUUCGGCACCAUGGAGGCGCAAGCUGCUUGGACCCAACAUGAUUACGGGCACGUGUCUGUCUUCAAAAGUGUCACGCUGAAUCAUCUUUUGCAUCACUUUACUAUGGGAUUCCUGAAGGGAGCUUCUCCAGAUUGGUGGAGACAUAUGCAUUACCAGCACCAUGCUAAGCCUAAUGUGAUGGAUAAAGACCCAGAUGUUAGAUUGGACCAGCUGUUUGUAGUUGGACAAACCAUGCCCAUUAAAGUUGCCAAGAAAGGAGACAGUAAAAUGCCAUACAAUCUACAGCACAAUUAUUUCUUUGCACUUGGACCACCUCUCCUGUUCCCUGUGUUUUUCCAAAUUAUGACAAUCCGACAUAUCAUCAAGAGACGUCUAUGGAAGGAUGCCCUUUCUACAUUUGGUUUCUAUGUAAAGUUAUUAGUGCUGUAUUACCCAAUGCUAGGAUUUUGGUGGACUCUAGCGUUCUAUGAAAUUACUCGUAUUAUUGAGAGCCAUUGGUUCACAUGGGUGAGUCAAUCAAACCACAUCCCCAUGGAGAUUGAGGAAGAUAGAGCAGAAGCAUGGCUACCUCUCCAGCUUCAUGCAACUUGUGACAUAGAGAAGUCCUUCUUUAAUGAUUGGUUCACAGGUCACUUGAACUUCCAAAUAGAGCACCACUUAUUCCCCAGGAUGCCACGCCACAAUUUGUAUAAGGUAGCUCCCCUCGUGAAGUCUUUGUGUGAGAAGUAUGGUGUGAAGUACCAAGUUAAGUCACUUGGGACUGCCUUUGUAGAUAUUGUCAAAUCUCUAAAGAAUUCUGGAGAACUAUGGGAAGCAGCUUGCCAUGCCCAUCAUAUCAACUAACAUCAAACACUGAUUGACACCUGUCACAAUGAAGCCCCGCCCACUUUACCCGACCAGUUACCACACGGAGGCAGGAAAACAGUGAAUGACUGUAUGUUGCAAAACAAUCUAUGUAUCACUGAUAUGAUGACUAAAUUACAAAAAUAUAAUAUCUGAUAUGAACUGUAGGCAUUUAAAAUGAUAGUACUAUAAAGUGUAAUCUAUUUGGUGCAAUUUAUGGUAGUAACUACCAAGGGGUCCAUUUUUGGAAUUGUCUUCAUUUACGAUUUUGUUGCAAAAAAACAUUAUUUGUCAAAAAGUGGACGAUUAUUUCCUCAGAAUCUUAAGUUACGAUCGUACCAAAAACAACCCUUUAUGUACUAUUCUAUAUCAUAAACCCAGUGUCAGUAUGAUGUGUUACUCUCAGUCGUAUUAGCGUCAGUAUGUAGUACUACUUUGUAUCAUUGGUGUCAGUAUGUGCUACUAUAUAUUCUCUAUCAAAAUUAAACCAGUGUCAGUAUGUGCUACUGUAUCUUCAACCAGUGUCAGUAAGAAAUAUUUUUACCCUAUAUGGCAUGACAUUGAUCCGUCUGUUUUCAUUUUUCAUAUGUCAGGUAGAACAUAAUUUUUACAGGGAAUAUAAAAAAUGGAUGUAUAAUGUCCUUUUUAACUAAUUAACUAGUAAUGCAAUUUGAAUGUAUACAUUUCUUACCAAAGGUGUUAGUAUUCUUUCUCUUUAUAUCAUUAUCAUAUUGACCGAGAAAAUAUAAUGUUUUUGAAGAGAAUUUUACUUUUUUAUAAGGGGUGGGGUAUUCAAUUUAGUUUGUAAUAUGUCCUAUUCUAUGUAGGCUUAUACAAUAUUUUCCAUGUGCCUUGUCAUCUAGAGAAUAGUGUGAAUAGAUUGACAUAAGUGUGCAAGUACAUGUAAUGUAGUAUUGUGACGUGCAUUUAUAAUCAGGGGCCUUAUUCUCAAAAUAUUGUGUAUUACCAUUCCUGCAAUUUAUUGUCAUUCAAAAUUAUGGCAGUAUACACGUAAUAAUAAAAGACAUUUGAACUUUGCUAAUUGUAAUUCAUGAUGUUUCUGAGAAACAGUCUCUAGCAUUUAUUGUUGUGCCAAGAUGUUCAAAACUGCUGUAAUUUAAGCUUUAAAUGGUAAACAAAUUAAAUCAUCAGAUAUUAUCACAAAUACAGUAAAACCUGAGAUACAGUUUAAUGCCUCUUUAAUCCGAACACCCCUCAGUGGGAACAGUUUGUCUGUCCCAAUUUUAUAUUCACCCAUUGACUAUCAUGUUAAAAACUUGAAAUGGGACUCCUUGCUGUGCUAAUCUAAACACUUUUGGUCAGUCCCGGUGGUGUUUGGAUUGAACAGGUUUAACUGUAUUGGCUUAGAAAUUAGCCAAUAUUCAAUGGGUCAGAAUCUGUUAUCGUUUGUUCAGAGUUUUCACUCACAUUUGAUUGGCAUUCUGUGAUAUCACCUGAAGUUCUAGGUGUAUUCAUUUUGUACAUGUUUACUGAUUACAUAACAUACUGUCUAACAGUAUAUUGAUUUGAGAAAAUUUUCAAGUUCAAACAUUUUUGGACCAUAAUAUAUUUUUCUACAAAGAUAUUCCUUUUUGUAAAAAUGAGUACUAAUAUGACAG